AUGAUACAUCUACUGGACCAUAUACCAGAGGAUAUACCAGUUAGAGACACAGAUGACUCAAUGCAUCUGUUGGAAGGGGCUUCAGGUAAGAGCGUGAAGGCUCAGUCACACAUGGGCAAGAUGAGCCAGGAGGACCUGGACUACAGACUCUUUCAUCUUCAGAAAGAGCCCAUGCUGGUGAAGGAACUUUCUCUGAAGCAACGAGAUAAAAGCAAAAGGCGGAGGAGUACCACGCAGCAAUCCACCACUACCCAACGGGACCUGCUGGCACUUGCUGCGCUCAAGGAGCCUGCGAGGCGGCCACGCCCCUCGGCGCCCCCACGCCCCUCGGCGCCCCCACGCCCCUCGGUUCCCAGGAGAAAAGCGCAUCCACAGCGCCUGUGUCCCUCCAGCGCGCCAGGCGGUGCACAGCCUCGAGUCCACGCGGGACGAAGACUGUCCCGCACGCCUGGGCCAAAAGACAGGCGCAGCUGUACAGCCCCUCCCACCUUGAAGGGAUAUGUGAGAGAUGAGAACAACAGAAUCGAAAUAACCAGUGAACCCCGGCAACUUGCUCGCAUCAUGACCACUAAUUCUACACAAGUGGAAGAGCUACCCAGGUCUCCUAAGAAAAUGCCCAGAGAUGAACAGCUCACGUGGAGGAGCUCACUGGAGUGUGUUCGGAAGGCUGCAGAGCUUCGAGCCUCCAUUAAGGAGAACGUGGAGCUGAUUCGACUUAAAAAGCUCUUAUAUGAAAAGAAUGCCUCACUGGCGGCCACAGAAGCCCAGUUAGCACAAGUUCAAGAGGCAUAUGAAGACUUGCUCCAGAAGAAUCAAGGAAUACUGAAUGCAACCCACAAUGCCUUCCUCAGCCAAGUGAAUGAGCUCAAGGCUGAGCUAUCAGAGGAGAGCAAGAAGGCCAUGAGCUUGAAGACCCAACUGGAAGAUGUGUCUAUCUUGCAGAUAACUCUGAAGGAGUUUCAGGUCAGAGUUGAAGAUUUGGAAAAUGAACGAAAAUUGCUGAGUGACAGUUAUGACAGACUCUUGGAAAACAUGCUGGAUAGCAGUCAGCCGCCUCACUGGAGCAGUGAGCUCGCCAGGGAGCCGCUACCACAGCAAGCCUGUUCACUGGGCGCUGCCGGGCUGGAGGGAACAAAAAUCUUCCUCCAGGCAACCAACGUGAAAGCAGCUCAAGGUGAAGAGCUGAAGCUUGAAAUCACCAACAUCUGUUACCAGGAUGAACAGGAAGCAGAGUCAAUAACCACCAUGCCCCGGUCUCCGUCUCCAGAAGAGCUGUCUGGACUGGCUACUCUGCCCACUCUGUCCCAACACAUAGAUGAGAGAGAGUCCAAUGACCCAGACGCUCAGGCUGAGAACAACCUGUCCCAGAUGCUAAGCGAGUUGCAAGUGUCGCAUGCAGAGACCACACUGGAACUAGAAAAGACCAGAGACAUGCUCCUUCUGCAGCGCAAAAUCAACGUGUGUUAUCAGGACGAGCUGGAGGCAAUGAUGACAAAGGCUGAUAACGAAAGCAGGGACCACCAAGAGAAACUGGAGAUGCUGAAUCACCUCCUAGACCUCAAGAACAGCCGCAUAAAGCAGCUGGAAGGUAUUUUAAGAAGCCACGGCCUUCCAACAUCUGAGCAGCUCAAGGACGUUGCUUAUGGCACUCGGCAGCCGUCCAUGUGUCUGGAGCCACGGCCAGCCCACAGAGGCGAGGACGGAGUGGACCUUUCUCUGCUGCAUCGAAAUGAGAAUCUUUUGGAAGUGCACAUCCACCAGGCCUUCCUGACCCCUGCUGCUCUUGUGCAGGCUGGGGACACACAGCCUACGACUUUCUGCACUUACUCCUUCUAUGAUUUCGAAACCCACUGCACCCCCCUCUCCACUGGGCCACAGCCCCUCUAUGAUUUCACCUCCCAGUUUGUGGUGCAGACAGAUUCCCUUUUCUUGCACUACCUUCAAGGAACUUCAGUCCGGCUUGAUCUCCAUCAGGCCGUGACUAGUGAGCAUCAUAUCCUUGCAACUGGAUGGAUUUCAUUUGACAAGGUGCUAGAGACCGUGGAGAAAGUCCAUGGCUUGGCCACACUUACUGGAGCUGGUGGAGAAGACUUGGGGGUGUUAGAGUACUGGAUGAGACUGUGCUUGCCCCUAAAAUCCAGCUUCCAGGCAAGCAAUAAGCGAAAGAAAGCCCAGGCCUACCUGUCAGUCAAUGUGCUUGGAGCUUGGAAGGCCCUGAAGGAUGAUGAGUCCAGAUCCGAGACGUGGACACCUCGGAACAAACUGCGGAUUGAGAUCACCAGGUGCUGCGGCCUCCGGAGUCGAUGGCUGGGAACUCAACCCAGCCCGUAUGUCAUGUAUCGCUUCUUCACCUUUCCUGACCACGGCACCACCAUCAUCCCAGCCAGCAACAAUCCAUACUUUAAAGACCAGGCUCUUUUCCCAGUGCUUGCGACCUCUGAGCUGGACCAGUAUCUGAGGCGGGAGGCCCUGUCUAUAUAUGUUUUUGAUGAUGAAGACUCGGAGCCUGGCUUCUAUCUUGGUCGAGCUCACGUGCCCCUGCUGCCUCUUGCACAAAAUAAAUCUAUCAAAGGUGAUUUUAAUCUCACGGACUCUUCGGAGAAGUCCAACGGAUCUAUCAAAGUGCACCUAGACUGGGAGUCUGACUACCUGCCCCCAGAGGUCCUGGAACCGGAAGAUGAGACAGAGGAGAAGGAUACCAAAGACGACUUGGAGGCCUCAAGCACAGAAGAACAGGCCCCUCACCUUCCCCAGGACCAGAUGGCAUCUACAGAGAUUCCCACCGAGGAUGGUCAUUAUCAAGUGAAGGGAAAAUCCUCUCCAACAGCAGAAAGGAGGGAAAAAGAACGUCAGAUUGCAUGCUACUCAAGAAAAAAACACAGCAAAAGAACAAAUGUCCAAGGCAAGAACCGAAUGGAAUAUCUGAGCCGUAAUAUCUUGAAUGGGAACACGCUGCAGCAGGUGCACUACACUGAGUGGAAGUUCUCAGGGCUCAAGACGUCUGAGGAUGAUGGCUUUAAAAAUCAGGUCAAGAAAGUGAAAGUGCCGUUAUCCCAUUCAGCACUGAGACAGGAGGAUCCCUCGUAUCCUGUAAAUGACCAAGCAUCCUCUGGACAAGCUUCUGAAGCCAGCGAAACACAAACCCCCGACAGUGAUGACGUCAUAGUGACACCCCAAUCUCAGAUGUGUCCUAAAGCUGAUUCAGAGAAGAUGUGCAUUGAGAUUGUCUCCCUGGCCUUCUGCCCAGAGGCUGAAGUCAUGUCUGACGAGAAUAUACAGCAGGUGUAUGUGGAAUACAAGUUCUAUGAUCUACCUCUGUCUGAGACAGAGACUCCGAUGUCCCUGAGGAAGCCGAGGGCAGGAGAAGAAAUCCACUUCCACUUUAGCAAGGUGAUAGACCUGGACCCAGUGGAACAACAAGGCAGAAGACAGUUUCUGUUUGCCAUGCUGCAUGCUCAAGAUCCUGAUGCGGGAUGUUUAAAAUUUACAGUGGUAAGUGAUCCUCUGGAUGAAGAAAAGAAAGAGUGUCAAGAUGUCGGCUAUGCGUACCUUGAACUGUGGCAGAUACUUGAAACUGGAAGAGAUGUCCUGGAGCAAGAACUAGAGAUUGUGAGCCCCGGGGACCAGGCCAUCCAAAUUGGAAGGCUGAAGGUCUCCCUUCGAGCAGCUGCUGCCCUCCAUAGCAUUUACAAGGAGAUGACUGAAGAUUUGUUUUCAUGAAAGAACUACUCCACUCUUAAGAUUUGAGGGAAUCACAGGGAGAGUCUCUUAUAAAGUAACAUGCUAUGCCAUAAAUCUGGUCUCCUGUGCUAUCUGCUGUUUCUCAAACUAAUGGUGAGGCUUACUGCCAC